GUAUACUUCAUCUUAACUCACUUUCUAUUUGCCAGUUUUAUUUAAUUAACGACAAUUUCGGUCUGCAUUUUUUUUCAAAGUGAACCAUCUUAUUCAACAUGAUAGAUGCUGAAUGCACAGAACAAAUUUCGUUCCAGAAAAAUUAUGCAAUAAAACGGAUAGGUUAGAGAGGAAUGGAAAAAUGGGGAGGGUAGAUGGAAAAGAUUAUGUCACGAACUCUUUUGUAUAUUUCUCCGUUGAUCAGGGGAUGCACCGACGGAUAUGCUCCCAUGGGAUACUCAUUGUUCUCCUACCUUUUUACACCGUUCUCCGAUGCGGCGCCAUAGCAGAGAAAGAGGAACGUCUACAUGGAUAUGGUGCGUCUAAAAGUGCAUGCCCCGUGCCCCUGGGAUAUCAAGUAGAGUACUACCGGUCUCCUCUAGCGUUUACCAUAGAACAAAAUUCCUUGGAUCGACGGAAGAUCAUGCAUACAUAGAGGGAGUUCGCAUAUGCACACGUGACAC